AUGGUCAUGGCGGCAUCACUAGCACAGGCCAAAAAAGAGCUUAGGAAAAAGAGUAGGCACAUUGUGAACAAAGUUUCCCAUGAUGCCGCCGCAUCGCAAACACGCAAGGCCACGGAGACGCUUCUGGCCUUGCCCGAGUAUCAAGCCGCGCGGCGGAUAAGCGUCUAUCUGUCCAUGCCCGCAGGCGAGAUCAACACGUCUAGUAUUGUUCGAGAUGCUCUGGCUCGGGGCAAGAGGGUCUUCAUCCCCUACACGUACAAGCUGAGCGAGCCUGCAGAAGCACAGCCCAAGUCCAUCAUGGACAUGCUUGAGUUGCACUCCAUCAACGACUUUGCCUCUCUACAGCCAGAUGGUUGGGGGAUCCCCACACCCAGCACUGACUCAAUAUCAGCACGUGCAAAUUGCUUUGGUGGAGAGGGCAUCACGGAUGGGCAGUCUCGUUUGGAUAGCGAUCAAGAGAUGGGCCUGGACUUGAUAGUCAUGCCUGGCAUGGCUUUCGACUCGAGCUUCGGGCGGCUCGGACAUGGCAAGGGCUUCUACGAUUACUUUCUGGCGCGAUGUCACCAAGCUUCGCGCAUGCCUUUUCGCGUUGGCCUCUCGUUGACCGAGCAGUUCCUUCCUCCAGACGAGUUGGUACCCAUGACGUCUUCAGAUUAUCGUCUUGAUGCGCUGAUCACCGGCGACGGCGAGCUUCGCCGCGCACAAGCCUGA